AUGAAGCUGCGGCGUCGCUGCAUUCAGACGCUAGGCGUCUCGGUUAAACAAUUGAGGAGAAAGUUGGUCGAGUUGGGUGCUAGAAUUCUCCACGUUCAUCAGACAUCCAAAUCCAGUGACAUGGCCCUAAUGAUGCUGUCGGUGAGCGCAGGCAUGGAUGUCGGCUGUGGGGGUCACGGUGGCCUCGAGAGUGCGACAGCUGUUGGUGGCGGUGCGGAUGGCAUGCAGGAGGCAAUGGUCGCGGCUGCGAGAGAUCGAGCUGUUCGUACUGUGAGUGUACGACAAGAUCUCGCUCUUGACUUACCACCGAGGCUCCAACUCCCCGAUGGCGAGGAACGGCCUUAUGGUGCUCACGCCGGGCUCCACCUUCGUGAUCCUGAACAGGAAAGUGAAAUUUAUCAGAAAUGCGUACGACCACCUCCAAAUAGAACGAUAUUCGACAGCGAGAGUCCACCUCCCUACAGCAGAAGCCAAUCAACGAUACUGGACACACCAGAUCGGAUAAUAAGAUGCCAUAGCGCUGGUAGUUCACUGUUAAGGGUAUUUAGAAAAUUCCCAAGUAAUGUAGGUGGCUCGACACCGGUUGUGGUGGUGCCGCCAUCGAGGCGGCCUAGUCUAUCAAGCUACUCCGAAUCUAGCAGUAAUUUGAACAAUUUAUCAAGUCUGACUGUGGAUCAUUAA